AAACCUAACAGAGCCUCCCAUGUUAGAGUGAGUCGGCCCCGCCCCGUUGCUCCCUCAAGUCGCCCCCACCCUCACCCCCCAACCCCCACCCUCCGGCUCCUUGGCCCGGGCUGUCUCCGUCACUUGCCUGAUUUCGCUGCAGAAGAUUCUGGCUAGGAGGGUUCCCCAGCGCUCUUGCCCUGCGAUUUGCACCCCACCCCCUUACGGCGGGGACCUGGGGAGUAGAACAGCUGGGGGAAGAGGCAAAGUCACAUGUAUGAGGGGGAGGAGAACAGGUGGAGAAAGACACGGGGAAAUGUGGAAAUGGUGGGAGAAGACAGCUGGAGCAGGGAAAGGAGCAAAGGGGGCGGAGGUGGAAACGAGGAUAAAGAAAGAAGGAAAGAAGCACGUGGAAAAGAACACCUGAAAGGGGGAUGGUGGAGGCUUGAACCAAGAAAAGAAGACAGUACGAGAAAGAGGAGAGAUCCGGGGAUGUAGGGCUCCUGGGAUCCAGAGAAGGGUUUCCAGAACAGAAGAAAAAAGGAGAGGAAAAGGAAACACUUGGAGCAAAGAUUAAAGGAGUCGGCAGGCUGAGGGAGAGACUACCGACAGUUUCAGGGACAGGAGAAAAGAUGGAAACGGGACAAGUUAUCUCCCAAGUUUAAAACAGACACAUCCUUUUGCCCAAGCUGAGCUCUGAAGCGGGAAUUGGAUCUCCCAGGGAGGCUCAGAUUAAAACUCCCUUUAUUCUCUAAUGCAAACGAUUAAGCGAGCGAAGAUUCCCACACCCUCGUGCCCGUGUAGAUUCCAUAGAGGAGCUUCGGCAGAGCCCCCCGCGAGAGCUGCGGGUGCAGGCUACGGGUCCGGGGCCGUGCAGCGUCUGUUGGGGUCGAACGGGUAGAGGCCUGGGGGAGGGGCCCUCACCUAUUACGGAGAAAGGUGCUUUGUGGGGACCCGGGGGUCACCCGGUGUCGAGCCUGAGCGUAACCCCGAAAGUGCGUGGCUGUGAAGGUCUUACCAGUCUUGGGGGAGGGUGGGUAAUGACCCAGCCAUUUGAGGAGGGUAAAAGAUCCCACCAGGUGAGGGAAGACCACUCUUAAGUGAAGGGGCGAGGCCCUGUCAGUUAAGUGGAGAGAUCCAGCCAAGUGAAGGGAGAAGACCUCCAAGUGAGGGGGAAGAGACGCUGUCAGGUGAAGGAAGCAAACUCCAAGUGAAGGGGAUAGGCCCCACCAGGUGAAGGGAGAAGACUCCAAGUAAAGGGGUCGAGAACCCGCCAAGUGGGAAAGGAGCCAGUCAGGAAAAAGGAGAGAAGACCCUGCCCGGCGCAAAGAAGACCACUCCGCGUUGGGGGGAGGGGGAGAACGGGAUCUGGCCAAACGUAAAGGGAAAGGCCCAGCCAGGUGAGAGGCGGCCGCCGACUGGGGCAGGGGCAGGGCCGCCGGGAGGCCCCGCCCCCCGGCCGGGUCCUUGCCUCGCCGCGCCGCCGCGGCUCCUCCUCCGGCUCCUCCCUCAUUCCUGCUUUGCGCGCCGGGACCGAGAUAUGGGGCACAUCCCUGGGGCCGCCCCCGCCACCUGAGGAACCCGGAAGCUGCCCUCGGCCACGCAAUGGAAGAGGACGAGGAACUGGAGAGGAAGGCAAUAGAAGAACUUCUCAAGGAAGCUAAGCGAGGAAAAACCCGAGCAGAGACAAUGGGACCUAUGGGGUGGAUGAAGUGUCCUCUUGCUGGUACAAAUAAAAGAUUUCUGCUUAAUACAAUUAAGAACACAUUACCCUCCCAGAAGGAGCAAGACCAAGAGCAGAAGGAAGACAAUAAGGAACCUGAGCCAAGUCAGAACCGGAAAGAAGAAAACCCAAAGAAACACAGAACUCAUCCGUACAAACACAACUUCCAGUCUCGGAGAAGAGUUAGUUAUUCUCCUCCAAGGAAGCGGAACACCCAGGAGAAGUAUGAAAAGCAAUCUAACAAACGAUGAGGCAGGCACUGAAGAAUAGGCAAGACUGUUACAAGCAAUGAAUGUCAUUAAAUUUUGGACUGGGAAAGUGUUUAGCUUUCUUUUAAUGGAGAAGGUUGUUCAGUGCAGGUCUUUAGCUAGCAGGGAAGACAGCUAAGAAAACAGUAGAUAGAUAUUUUGUUGUGAUUUUUAAAGAGUCUGUGGGUCAUAAAAAAUGACCCAGUAUUCUUCUUUCUGAAAAUUAAUCCUAAGGGUAGAAGUCUUGACAAGUUUAUCAUAUUUCAGUAGUAUGUAUAUAUUUGUUAUUGCACCUUCUUUUGAAAGUUAGUUUGGAAAUAAACAAAUCUACACUUAGAUUUAAAGUUUUUCAGAGAUUGUUCAAACUCGUUCAUAAAUAUCUGUUGUAUUUCAAUUGUGGUCAUUUUUCAGAACUUGGAGCAAAAUUGAAACUCCUUUAACUCUGUAUUUUAGAUUUGGGAGUAUCAAAUUUAGUGUGUUCAAAGAAGCUAAACAGCAGAAAUCUUCUGGCUGUGGAAAACAUUUAAAAACCUCCCUGUAAGAUUUCAAGUGCUAAUGUUUAUCAAGAAAUUUGUUAACAUCUCUAGGACUUAUUUUUGUUUAGAUCACAAUAUAGAGCAUUCUUUAUAUGGUUUUGAAUUUACCUAAUAUAAAUUAAUGGAGAUGAAAAAUCCAUCUCCUUUUUCCUCUUGCAGCAAAAUUCUCAUGUGUAUAAAAUACAUUAUUUCCUGAAUGAAUUUUUCUGAAUUUUUCUCUAGAGCACAUAAAUUGAGAGGAAUAUAGUUUGGUGCUUUAGACAUAACCCUCAAAACUAGACUUACUGUGCUUUGUUUGAUGUUGAGGAUUUUUAUUCAGUGCUCUUUGGUUUUUCAGCUUAAAUCCCCUAGUAUAGAUAUCACAGUGCAAAGUUGAACCAGAAAUCUUUUUAACAGAAAGUGUGCUGGAUUAUUUCCCCCUCCCCUGUGUUGGCAUAAGCUUUUCUUAAUGAUAUGAUUCUAAAUCUCAUAGAGAUUCCACUCCCACCCCCACCCCCAAACUCAGAACUACAUAACAAUGUAUUCCUAGACCACAGAGAGAAGAGUCUCUCUACUCCUUUCCCAAAUUUUCCAAGACGGCUGGGCUUAUGCCUGGCUGCCCCCAGAUAAUCACUCAGCCACAACCAUACUCCCAGCAGCCAAGAAAAGCUCUUUCUCUGCACUGAAAAUCAGCACAUUAGAAAGGCCAGCUCCAGAGUGUUGUAGAGGAGCCAGAGAAUGCCAUGACAAAAUUGCUCUGUCUUCCCUAGUGCUACCCCACCACACCCUCUUUGUGUGCCCUCGGCCAUGCACCCAAACUUUUCUAUGAAGCCCAAGCUUCUGUGUGGUCAGAAGCCUGUGCAUAGAACCACUACAACUAGGAGGAUGGGGAGAAAAAAAAUUCCUCAUUCUUUCCUUUCGCCCUCCUUCCUCCCACCAAAAAAAAAAAAAAUGUAGAGGGAGUCCUUCCAUGACUUUCCAAUAUCUGAUUCCCACUCUCAUCAUACACAGAAGGAAGAACUGAGUUAAACUGGACUUUAUACAAAAGUUGUUAUGCUUAAAUAAUCUUUACAUCUGUAUUAUUUGUGUUAAUUUAUUUUACUUUGAAACAUUUUGUAUUCAAAUAUCUAUUAGAAACAGAAAAGUUAAAAAGUUGGGAUUUUUUGUAAAUUUUUGCUUUCAAUGAUUAAAAAUAAAGUUAAAACUA